CUCUGCCAUAGGAGGACCAAGUGGGGGGACAUGAUGCUGGUUCACUACGAGGGCUUCUUGGAGAAGGACGGCUCCAUGUUCCACUCCACGUGAUGUCUUCUGACAGUGCUUUCCUGAAUCCGGACCCCUCACAGUGGCCCGCAGUCCACCUGCGAAGUAGCUCUGCGAGGAGUGUUUUGUGGAGGGCGGGUGGCUUUUUAUUUUAUUUUUUACAAUUGCCCCUCCCUCCCAAAACUGGCCUUUACCUGUGUGCAAGGAAACAGAAGCAAUGCAUGCAUGUUCAUAGCAUGCCGUAGACUUUUAUUUGUUAUUGAACUAAAAUAGCCUAAAUAACGCUGCACAAAUUCGUGUGUGGGACCCUUUCCACUGCCACUUAUUUUCAGAAAGUUUGGUUUGCCUUUAUACUUCGGCAGUUCAGGAAGCACUGACUCACUAUGCUGUUUAAGAUGAACACCAACAGUCAAACUUCUCUCCUUUCCCCCUGCCACAUGGAGGCUAUAAAAUAAAUCUUGUUUAGCUUUUUUUUUUCCUCCUGGUUAGACUGUAGAAAAUAGAGCUAUGUGGCAUCUGUUAAAAGACGGAGAUGUUGGACAUCCUCUUCUGCAAUUUAGACACAGGAUUUGGUGCAUGAUUUCCGAAGUUUAAUAUAUCUCCUGCUACGCACGAAUUUCUGUCUGGUUUCCGAAGCAAACUUCUAGGGGAGAAGACUGCCUCUAGUUAUAAAAAGUGAUAUAUAUCCUUCCACUACUGGCAGCACAAUGACAGCUUUUCAUUACUGAAAUAGCAUAUUCUUCCCCUGCCCCGGACCAGGCAAAUCAACAUACCAGAGCCACAGUAAUGCAAGUAGGAGGGAGAGCCAGAAAUUCGAAUGAGUUUGCUAAGGGCCUGCAACGACUUGCUAAUGUUGCCUUUCCUGUAAAACAUCAACGAAGUGUUGAUGGGGGGAGACAGCAAAAUGCUCAAGUAUCUGUAGGCUAUGUCUGAAGUCUACUUUUAAGGAACAUAUUAAAAAAUAAAAAAAAGACAAUGUUUUGCAUGUUUAUACUCUUGCAGAUUAUUUAAACUAAAAUCUCACUAAUUUUCUCUUGUAGUUAACCUGCCUCUCUAAAAGGAGUUCUAGUGACACUCUUAAGUUUUUGCUGCUGACUAACUUCUUCACAAGCAUAACAAUGGUCAACCUAUGUGGUUUACACUUGGCAUAAGGGAAGCUAUCAAAGGCUGGGACAAAGGUUUGAAGGACAUGUGUGUGGGAGAGAAGCGGAAGCUAACUAUUCCACCAGCACUUGCUUAUGGAAAAGAAGGGAAAGGAAAAAUUCCACCCGAGAGCACACUGAUUUUCAACAUUGACCUUCUAGAAAUUAGGAAUGGUCCAAGGUCUCAUGAGUCGUUCCAAGAGAUGGAUCUUAACGAUGACUGGAAACUGUCCAAGCAAGAGGUGAAAAUUUACUUGAAGAAAGAAUUUGAAAAGCAUGGAGCAGUGGUAAAUGACACCCAGCAUGAUGCUUUGGUUGAAGACAUAUUUGAUAAAGAAGAUGAAGAUGGUGAUGGGUUUAUAUCUGCAAGGGAAUUUACAUACAAGCAUGAUGAGCUGUAGAAAACGGUGGCAUAAUUUUUUUAUUUUUUUUUACACAAAUGGCAGUGACUUAGACUGUCUGGUUCUCUUGUCAUCUUAAUUCUGUGUUCUGGAGUUGACAGCUGCUGUUGGCAAAGAAACACUCUUUGUUUAUACAAGAAUUUCUGUUCCUUAUGUAGAAAUAUUUUAAACUAUUUUAAAGUAUGAAAAUGUACCUCCUGUGCAGCAAAGACUUGCACAUCAGUGUUUUUUUUAAAUUUUGUAUUAACUUAUUUUUCAGAAAUGAAACAAAACUUUUCAGUUAUCAAACAUUGUGAAAAUCAAAAUCCAGUCGAGUGCCUUUCUGUGACUUGUUUGUGUGUUAAGAUCACUUUCAAUGACUUAUUUAAGUAUAACUUCUAGUCUGUGGCUUAAUUACUUGACCUUCCUUCUUGUGUGUCACUGCUUGAAAAGCAGUGUGCUGACCUUGCUUUUUUUCUGCAGAUUUGUUAAAAGAUGUGCUAGAAGGCAUCAGCACGUCUUCAUACAGCUGAGAAAACUGAUACAAACCUGUGAAGCUGUGCAAAGCCGCAAAGUAACUCAAUAGUCAAUUUGUCAGACUAUUAAGCAGGUAUUCCUUAUUGCCAUGGUGGACACACAGGGGAUCACUCCUCCUAAUGUGCGCGCUGACCGUAAAACAAUUCACGAUUAUAUUGUUACAUUACAUACAUAUGCAUUACAUUCCUCGGAAAAGGCAGGGAAAGGUAAAUUUAAUUCCUGGAAAUCAUUUACAUAGUCUCCUCCCAGUUGCACAUGCUCAGUGUUUUGAGUCGGUGGUCUUCAGGGGUCUCUUGUGGUCGUUUACUUCAUCCACUCCUCUUCUUCACCUUGUGCUUUUGGUGACCUCCAGCUUCUACCCCUCUUAUUCUGCUGUCAGAGCAACACAGCCGGUACCAGCUGGCUCCUUAUCCUUGAAACAUCCCCCUUUACCUCUGUAUCUCAUGGUUCCUGUCCCUGGCUAUCCUCCUACCGACAAAGUGUUAGACAUUUUGUUCCCCUACAUGC